AUGGCCCUACCGCCCGCCGCAUCGAGACCAUGGGGAACCCCGGCGACCGUGUUCGAUCGACUGGCCGGUACCUGGCAGCUGUACCGCACGAUCGAGGGACAGGCAGAGAUGCGAGGGACCGCGAGUUUCACUGCGCUCGAGUCGGGGAUGUUAAAGUACCGGGAGGAGGGCCGCCUUCGUCUAGCCGACGGCAACGAAUUCAGUGCACACAAGGAAUACGUCUUUGAGCGUGCGGCUUCGGGCUUCAACGUCUACUUUGCGGAAACACCCCUGCGACUGUUCCACGGCAUCACGCUCGCAAGCGACGGCAGAUCGUUGCGAGGGUCGGCAAACCACUGGUGCCAACCCGACACAUACGAGAGUCAAUACGUGUUUCGCGAGGAUGGGACAUUCACAGUCGAGCACAAAGUUCGCGGUCCCCACAAAGACUAUGUCUCCGUGACAUCAUUUAGUCAUUCAUAG